AUGAAGUCCGUAAGUUUUUCAAAUAAUGCUGAGCUGUACGAGUACAUAAAGGACAAAAAGAAUGAUGUAGAAAUAGUAGCUUGUAUUAUUACGAAUUUGUUAGGAACCUAUUUUAAGUGUUUUUUUUAUGUAAAGGAGAUUACAUUAAAUAAGUUAGAAAGUGGUUUUUCAUUUGACGCGUCUUCUAUUAAACUAUGUUCAGAUACCGAAGUAAGUGAUUUUUUUAUUAAAGUAGAUUAUUCAACAUGUUAUUUGGAGGAAUGUGAUGGAAAGAAUAUAUUAAAUGUCAUGUGUGAUAUAAAGAGAUAUAAUGGUUUUGAUUAUUAUAAAUGUCCAAGAACAAUAUUAAAGAAAACAUGUGAAUUUGUUAAGAAUGAAGGUAUAGCAGAUAAAGUUUGUAUUGGAAAUGAAUUGGAAUUUUUUAUAUUUGAUAAAGUAAAUUAUAAUUUAGAUGAAUAUAAUACAUAUUUAAAGAUUUAUGAUAGAGAAUCAUUUUCUUGUAAAAAUGAUUUAUCUAGUAUUUAUGGUAAUCAUGUUGUAAAUAAAGUUGAACGACUUAAAGAUGAUAUUAAUAAUCCUAAUAAUGAAUAUUUAAUUAAUGAUGAUAGUAAAAAAGUAAAGAAAAAAUCCGGUUAUUUUACUACAGAUCCAUAUGAUACUUCUAAUAUAAUUAAACUUAGAAUAUGUAGAGCAUUAAAUGAUAUAAAUAUUAAUGUACAAAGAUAUCAUCAUGAAGUUUCCACAAGUCAACAUGAAAUUUCUUUAAAAUAUUUUGAUGCUCUAACAAAUGCUGAUUUUUUACUUAUUACAAAACAAAUUAUUAAAACAACUGUUAGCUCAUUCAAUAGAACAGCUACCUUUAUGCCUAAACCUUUAGUUAAUGAUAAUGGAAAUGGUUUGCAUUGUAAUAUAUCUUUAUGGAAAAAUAAUAAAAAUAUAUUCUAUCACAAUGAUCCGUCUACUUUCUUUUUAUCAAAAGAAUCUUUUUAUUUUAUGUAUGGUAUAGUUAAACAUGCUAAAGCUUUACAAGCCUUUUGUAACGCAACCAUGAAUUCAUAUAAAAGAUUAGUACCAGGUUUUGAAACUUGCCAAAAAUUAUUUUAUUCAUUUGGUUCAAGAAGUGCUGUUAUCAGGUUAUCUUUGAUUAACUACAGUAAUCCAUCAGAAAAAAGAAUUGAAUUUAGAUUACCUGAUUGUGCUAACUCACCACAUCUAGUUAUGGCUGCUAUUAUUCUGGCAGGUUGUGAUGGUAUUAAAUCAAAACAACAACCGCUGGUUCCAUUUGAAAGUAAAGAUAAUCAUUUCUAUAUUUCAAGCAUAUUUUCCAAAUAUGUACAACACCCAGAAAAUUUUAAUAUUCUUACUCAUGCCUUGGAAGAUUAUGAAUCCUUACACACCAUUAACGAAUCUCCAGAAUUUAAGAACUUCUUUAAAUGUGAAGAACCACAAAGUAUAUCUUUUUCUCUUAGCGAAAGUUUAGAUGCUUUGGAAAAGGAUCACGCAUUUUUAACUGUAAAUAAUAUUUUCACGGAGGAAAUGAUACAAGAAUAUAUAAAAUUCAAAAGGGAAGAAAUUGAAGCAUAUAAUAAAUAUGUUAACGCUUAUGAUUAUCACUUAUAUUAUGGAUGUUAG